CUUGCCAACUGGGCAGCAUGUGAUAGGAACAAGUCCCCUGGAGUAAAAUGAAAGCCGACACUGAACAGGAUGUGUAAGUUUACUCAGAUUAAACAGGUACUGGUGACUAAACUAGCUAUGAUGCUACGGACAUGCGACGUUUUUAGAUAGGCUUGUUGAAUGGGAAAGUCAGAAAAUCCUAGCUAGGACUUGUUAGCGCGCUAACUUAAUCUCUUGCUGUCAACCACGGGAGUAUUAUCCAAAUAAUAAUCGUGGGCAAAUUAAUAGAUUUAAAACAGAUUAAGGUUUUAUCCGGAAUAGAGGUUUAGAAGCCGGGUGAUAUAUAGAUAUAUGUUAUUGUAUCUUGCUAGCAUGUUGCGCCUGAUUAGCAACGGUAACUAAGGUUGCUUAUCUCUAGCUAAGUUAACGUUCGGUAGUUAUUUUAAUGUUAACCAACGUUAGUCAUCUUUAAGCUAACAAGUUAACUAUUUUCAGUUAUGAAACCUGUAUGAAUGCCUAAUAAUUUAGUAAAACCGGUUACGACGCUAGAAAGGGUUGGCUAGGCAGGUCGCAAAGUAUGUUAGUGGAACCAGUUCAUGUUGGCAGAUAGUUAGUUUACAGUAAGAGUAAACUAUGUGUAAGUCAUCAGUGAUAUUUGCAUGGAGAGAAAUGUUUGCUUUAUUUUUUUAUUAAAAGUACACAGGUGUGGAACCUGUCAUCAUAUCACAUUACUGGCUUGCUGUUAAUCUCAGUUUGGAUCAGAUAUGAGUUUGCACUACAGCAGGAACAAAGAAGCCACAUCUCAGAGAGAUGAGAUGGAUAUCUCUGUGCAUACAGUGACGAGAACCCCAGUGGUUUUGCUUCCCUGAUACAGUAAGAUCAGAUGGGACACUGACCAACAAUAACAAGAUUCAUACAGUCAUCUAGGACGAUGACUAUAUCCCGCCUGCCUUGUGGGAUGAGAGAACCUCUGCUGGUGGAGGAAAAGCAGAGAUAGUACAAGAGAAUGUAAAAAGAGAUGGAAAGGAGGGUGUGGAACUGUUGCCUGGGUGUCUCCACAGCUGUGCUGUAUGGCUCCCUUGCCCUUUUUGUCUCUAUACUCCAUAAUGUCUUCCUGCUUUAUUAUGUUGACACUUUUGUGUCAGUUUACAAAAUAGACAAACUUUCCUUCUGGGUGGGUGAGACUGUGUUCCUGAUAUGGAACAGCCUGAAUGACCCUCUCUUUGGCUGGCUGAGUGACCGCUCUUUUCUUAGCACCCCUCAGUCUGGAGCUCAGAUCUCUUCACCUGAAGUGGUGUUGAAACGCCUCCAGUCCCUCUCCAGGAAUGGUCCACUUUUUGCGCUUUCUUUCCUGGCUUUCUGGGUGGCCUGGGCCCACCCUGGUCUGCAGUUCCUCAUCUGCCUGUGCCUUUAUGACGGAUUCCUCACACUAGUGGACCUCAACCACAAUGCCCUGCUGGCUGACCUGGCCGUGUCUGCAAAUGAGCGCACACGCCUAAACUUCCACAGCUCCCUUUUCAGUGCCCUGGGCUCACUGUCUGUUUUCCUGUCGUACUCAUUCUGGGACAAAGAGGACUUUAUGUUGUUCAGGCUUUUUUGUGUAGCACUGGCUGCUCUGUCAUUGCUGGGCUUUGCUGUGGUAUCUCGAAUUUUGCGCCACAGGUUCCAAAAUGAGGUUAAAUCACGCAAGAAUGAAGAAGAGGCAUUUCUCAAGGAAUUGCGUGUUGGCCAGGUUCCUCUUGUUCAGACGGAGAAGCCCAUCACUCUUGGAGAUUAUCUGAAGCAGCUCUCCCGUCACAAAAAUUUUAUGUGGUUUGUUUCUAUGAAUCUGGUGCAGGUGUUUCACUGCCACUUCAACAGCAACUUCUUUCCUCUGUUUCUUGAGCACCUCUUAUCUGACCGGAUCUCUGCCUCCACUGGCUCCUUUCUGCUGGGCAUUUCUUACAUAGCUCCCCAUGUCAACAACCUUUACUUUCUUACAUUAAGUCAAAAACUGGGUGUCUACCGGGUUGUCCGUGGCCUCUUCAUUUUGAAACUGGCUCUUAGUAUAGUAAUGUUGCUAGCAGGAGCAGACCAGGUCUACUUGCUUUGCUUAUUUAUUGCCAGCAAUCGAGUGUUUACGGAGGGGACCUGUAAGCUGUUAAAUUUGGUCAUCACAGAUCUGGUUGAUGAGGACUUUGUAGUGAACCGGCGACAGCAAGCAGCUUCUGCACUGCUGUUUGGUAUGGUUGCUUUGGUAACAAAACCUGGCCAGACCUUCGCUCCCCUUAUUGGUACCUGGCUGUUGUGUGUGUAUACAGGUUAUGAUAUCUUUGAGAGGGGCCCUCUUAAAGACUCAGUGGCAGCUGUAGAUGUCUCAGGUACCGAGAGCUCUCUGCCACUGCGCCAGGGCUGCUUUUACCUACUGGUGUUUGUGCCAAUCUCCUGUGCCCUGCUGCAACUACUGGCAUGGUCUCGCUUUACCCUUCAUGGUCACAAAUUACGGGGCAUUAAAGCCAUGAGGCAGGGUGCUCAACAUCUCAGUGAUGUAAAGGCCAUCUAAUACUGCCCACCCCGUUCUUCACUGCCUCACACUGACUCAGGAUGGAGACUAGAAUUGCCUAAAAAAAAAAGGACAGUGUGACUGAAAUCUUGGAGAAACCUGCCUUAUUUUCUUAUUGUGAUAAAUCAUCUGCAUGUCUAUAUUUCUAAAUAAAAUGAUGUAGGGACCAAAUAUGAGCUGAUAAAACAAUUACAGUAUGUGGUCUGGGACCAUAUGGGAGAGAACCAUUUCUUCCUUUUAGACUGCACAAUACAAAAUUUUUUUGGGGUAAUGUAAGCCCCUAGCUUCAACAUUGGUUUACCUCCUAAGCAUUAUUAUUUUCUUUAAAACUCAUAGGCUUUUACCUAUUUAUUUAGCAGUAUGCUUAUCUCAUAUUUAGCAUUUUAGAAAAUACUCUGUAGCAGUUCAGGUCUAGUGGAUAUUAACUGCAUGAGCUUCUGUGGAGUGUUAUGUUGGUUCAUUUGCACAAACUUUUCUUCCCCCUCUUCAUUUGUUGUGUACAUUCAAAUAAAAAACAAAAACAAUUACCAAGCAUUAUACACUAAUUAUCCAUGAGUAUGUGAGUUAUACCAGUAAAUUACAUUUUUAAGGAUGAAAGUACUUUUGUAUAUUUUUUAAUUUAAAUUUUAUGACGUUACAAUUUAUACAAAUUGUGUAUUAACUUUCCAAAAAUGGAAAAACACAUUUUACAGUACUGCUCUUUUCAGUAUUUUAAUGUUGCUUAUAUUUUCCUUAUUUCUUGUUCUUAUUGUUUAUUUUGUGAUCAUGAAGAUGGUUUGUAACUCAGGAAAUUUGGCUAAUUUAAUGGUUUGCCAUUGUUGGUAAUGGUUUGUUCAUUUAUAUUAACGCUUUGCAGAAAAUGAAAAUAAUUGAUUUGCUUCAGCUAUUCAUGAGCCACUAAAUUCUUGAUUAGCUAAUGUAAUUGUUACCAAAAGGUACAUUUCUUAUUAGGGUUAUAUUGCUUAAAUUCUGUUUAAAUAAAAAUUUCACAAUUUUGAAA